ACACGAUCGCGGCGGCACAAAGUCUGGACGGCAGACAAUCUGGACGAUGGUGGCUACUCGGCGAGCGGUCGGAUGACACCUGCUCGCGGACGGCAGUUGACGACUGGACGGAGGGCGGCAGUACCUUCCCCGCUGCUGCGCGAUUCUAACUCCACGGUCCUCUGCGCGCGGCCAGCGGCGGCGGCUCGGACGGCGAUGGCGACCUACUAGACGGCGACGGCUCUGUCGCUGGGUCGGCGGCGCUCUCGAUCAGAAACGGAGGCAGCUCCGAUAUGGCGAUGCGGCUCCUCCACGCGGUGGCGGCGGCUCCUUCUGCCGCUGCUCCUGCGUGCGGCGGUCUAUACGCAAACGACGGCGGAAAUCUGGGAGCUCGACGGCGGCAGCACGCAGCGGAGACGUCAGCGAUCUUCCUCGCUGCGGUUCAAGACCCAGCGGCGAUCUCGACGGCGACUGGGUCAGCGGCGAUCUCGACGGCGACUGGGUCAGCGGCGAUUCACAGCGGCUUCCCUUAUGCUCCCUCUGCCCUCCGGCGACUGCGCACAGAUCCCAAAAACCCUAGGUGACAAAUUGCAAUUUGUGUUCGUGUUCAACAAUCUAGCUCUGAUACCACUUGUUGGGAAAUUAAGACACACAACAGACACAAAUAAUCUGCGAGAAACGAGAGAAACGGAACACAAACGACACACAAGAAUUUAACUUGGUUCGGUUUCCCUAAUCCACGGCUGCAACAGGAGGAUUUUCUUAUUUCACUUGUGGUGUCUCAAUUACAAAUACAAGCCCUCUAUAUAUAGGGGAAAAACUAGGGCUACGCACAACUGGGCCGGGCCGACAAACAAGCCUCCACAAAGCCCAACAAAACUCCUCCUACCAUUGUAUAUAAGAGGAUAGAUAAUUGUGUUCUUUAAACUUCUUUUUUCUAUAGUAUUCUAUAGGAUGAAGCUUUGCCUUUUUAGCAUGUGCUUCAUCUACGUUUAACAAGAUAUUUUAUUUACAAUAGCUAAUGAUGUUUGAUGAUGUUGGAAUUCGAAUAUGUGGUCAGGGAGGGAAUCAAGUUGUAAUGGAUUC